AUGCGGCCCCGCAAGCCGGAAGACCAACAAGGCCGACUGACCAAGCAACAACACAAAUCAAGGAGGCGACCGAAGGGGAAAAGGGGGAGGAACCGAACCUCAACUCCGACCGGCGCUGAGAACCUGAGAAAGCGCGAAAAUGUGGUCGGACGAUCUUUAAAGGACGACUCGUGGUACGUGAAGUCCUUCCAGGUGUUGACCUUCACGGAGGACGAGAUUCUCGACUCGAUUAAACCGGAAAAUUUGAUCGGCAAGGGCGGCUCGGGUAUCGUGUAUCGAGUCAUGGUCGGUAAUGGGAAAGAAUUUGCUGUGAAGCACAUUUGGCACUCAGACGAGUACACUGCCCACAACCCAGGAAAAAUUGGGGGCUCGAGCUCGACACCCAUUCUGGAGAGACGUGGGCCCAGCAAGUCCCGUGAGUUGGAGGCUGAGGUCCAGGCAUUGAGCUCAAUACGGCACAUAAAUGUGGUUAAACUCUUGUGCAGCAUAAGCAGUGAGGGCUCCAGCUUGUUGGUCUACGAGUACAUGCCGAAUGGGAGUUUGUGGGACAGGUUGCACAACAACUGUAAGAAACUGGGGCUCGAUUGGGAGACGAGGUACGAGAUUGCGCUCGGAGCCGCUAAAGGUUUGGAGUAUUUGCAUCAUGGCUGUGAUCGACCUGUGAUUCAUCGUGACGUGAAGUCUAGCAAUAUUCUCUUGGACGAGUAUUUGAAGCCCAGGAUCGCGGAUUUCGGGCUUGCAAGGAUCGUUCAGGAAAAUCCGAUCAAGGAGUCGACUUGCUUCAUUGCCGGAACGCAUGGGUAUAUCGCCCCAGAAUAUGCGUACACGAACAAGGUGAAUGAAAAGAGUGAUGUUUAUAGCUUUGGGGUUGUGUUAAUGGAGCUUGUGACGGGGAAAAGGCCUACGGAGCCUGAGUUUGGGGAGAACAAAGACAUUGUUGACUGGGUUUGUGGCAAUCUGAAAACCAAAGAGACAGUAGCCAGCUUGGUUGACUCAGCCAUUGAUGAGAUUCAGAGAGAAAGUGCCAUCAAGGUUUUGAAAGUGGGCCUGCUUUGCACGGCCAGGCUCCCGUCUUUAAGGCCGACAAUGAGAACCGUGGUCCAUAUGCUCGAGGAGGCUGAUCCAUCUCAAUAUGUUGGCAUUCUUGUUACAAAAGAUUAA